ACAUUAGUUUAUAAUGUGACAUAUGUUUACCUAGUGCUGUGCAUAUCAGAUUGGUUAUGUAAGAAGAUGAGUGAAGAUGUCAUCCUCGGAGCAGUAUGAGCUGUACGAUGAUGAGGUGUCCGCUUCUAAAGGUAUUCUGCACCGAGGAAAUGGACACGAAAACCCAGUAAAGGGAUUCAAACAUGACCCCUGUAGUGAAGCAGUGUUUUGGAUCAUUGUUGUCUUCUCAUUUGGGCUCUUCUAUUUGGCAUACAUAUUCUUUAAAGUAUACUCGCCUCAUUGGGCAAUGCACAUCCGCUACAAGUCAGUCUCCCUGGACCAAGCAGUGUUAGUUUUAGUACUAGACGUGGUAACAAACACAUACACAGCCUGUGAAAUUAACACUGUCAAAAUAGAACAUUCAUGCGAUAACUACACUGCCUUGUCCGGCAGCGAAGAUGGUAAGAGUUGUGCCAACUCAAGCCGAGAUUACAUGAACAGAGCUGGGAAAACAAGGCUAAACAGCAUUUGUGAGGUCACUGAGCUGAAAUACUUAACAUUCAUAUACAGUCGGUACAUUUUCAGCAAGCCUUUUAACUCGUUCUAUCCCCUAACUGGGCUUGAUGGCGAUAAUCCCCUCAAAAGACCAGAGAUAUCACUGGAUGGCCUCAGAGCAGAUGAUGUGUUAACCCUGCAGAAGGUGUAUGGACCAAACGAGAUGAAAGUUAACAGUGAAACUUAUCUAGAAAUAUUUGCUAAAAACAUAGUAGAUCCGUUUUAUGUGUUCCAGUUGUUUACCAUAACAGUGUGGGUGUGGUCCGGCUACUACAUCUAUUCAGCUCUAGCAGUUCUUAUCUCUGUUGUAAUAAUCUCUAUUGCUCUGAGAAAGAAGAAGAGGGAGUUUGAGAAGCUUGAGAAAAACUUGGAAGUUGAGAAUUCAGUGACUGUGGUCCGGGAUGGUUGCGAGUACUAUGUGUCCCAUACAGAACUUGUACCUGGAGACAUUGUCAUUUUAAACAAAAGUUCACACUACUUUACGUUUGAUGGUAUCCUUGUCGAGGGUUCUGCGUUUGUCGACAAUGCUCUUCUCACAGGCGUCACUAGACCCAGUUAUCGGUAUCCUGAUCCAGAUGUUCUCCUUCAAGAGAGGCUGGAGAAACUUACACUGACAAACCACAACAACACCAUAUUUGCAGGUACAAACAUGAUAACACCUCAGUCGGAAGGGGACGUUAAGGCACUUGUUGUGAACAUAGGAUUCCUUACAGAAAAGGGGUGUGCGAUACGGGAGGAAUCCUGUGAGAACUAUUCGUAUUCCCUUGAUAAAGACUCUAUGACAUACUUCAAAUUCCUAAUAGUAAUAGGCACAAUAGCAUUCUUUGUAGCACUGCUAGUACUAUUGUGGCUACCUGAUGAACCUAUGGAGGGUUUGGUAGCUUUACAAGCAGCUCUGAGACUUGUAACGUUAGCCAUACCUCCAUCUCUACCACUUGCUUUAACCAUCGCCUUCAUGUGGUCAAUGAGAAGACUGGCUCGGGAGAUGAUAGCAACACGAAACUUUAGAAGGAUACCUGUAGCAGGCCAAGUAAAUAACAUAGUAUUUGACAAAACAGGUACCCUUACAAAGAACAAAGUAAAAUACAUCGGACAUCUGGCAGUGUACCGUGAGAAUUCAGAAAUUCAGCUGAGUGGGAUAGACACUUCUACUGAUAUAUCAGAGGGAGAUAUUCAGUAUCUAAUGGCAACAUGCCACUCUGUGACCCCUGAAUCUAUGAAAUCCAAGGAACACACAAUUGAUAAAGAGUUGUUUAGGGUGGCUGAGUGGGACAUGGUGAAAGGCGAAGAUGGAAACUUAAAAGUGUAUUCUGGUAAGCUUGAUAAUCUAGGUGAGUUCAAGAUAAGCUUUCUGAGGAGAUUUCCGUUUCACUCAGACAAAAGGACUCAGAGUGUAGUAGCAGAAAUCGAACAUGAAAAUAGGGUGGCCUACUACAUUAAUGGAAUGCCUCAAAGGGUAAUCGAAUGCUGUAAACCAAAAACGGUUCCUCCUUUCACGCUGCAAAGGAUACAGGCUUUUACGAAGCAAGGUUAUAUAGUAACAGCAAUGGCUUACAAAAACCUUAAGGAGGACAAGGGACGACACAAAGAUUUGAAAGAUUUACAAAAAGAUCUGGUGUUCCUUGGAUUACUAGUAUUUGGGGAUACACUGGCAGAUGGAGCUAAAGAAGUCAUCAGAUCUCUGAAUGCAGCUAGCUUUACAACACUGAUGUGUACUGGAGAUAAUCUGGAUACUGCUGUAUACACUGCACGACAAAUCAGCAUCUUACCAAGCUCCAAAGAAGUGAGGGAACAGGAUAGAGUCGUGGAAAUCAAAGCUUCUUUAGAUAAAUAUGGGGGAUUAAUAGUGGAAGCUCGAGACUAUGAUGAUGGUUCAGAGUAUAAACUUUCCUCUGCUUGGGGAGAUUACUGGGAUCCUCCUAGUUAUGUGAUCAAUGGUGAAACUUUUCAGAUAUUAGAUGACUUCGGGGGCACUGAAUUAGACAGAGUGAUCCAGGCUGGUAAAGUUUUUGCUGAAAUGACACCAAAAAUGAAGAAACAUUUAGUACAGCUCCUAAUGAAAAUGGGGCAUAAAACCUGCAUGGUUGGAGAUGGGUCAAACGAUAAUGCAGCUCUUCAAGCAGCUGAUGUUGGAAUUUCUCUCAAAAACUCAGAGUCUGGCAUAGCAGCUGAAUUCUACAGUAUAGAAAAAGAUAUCAGAUCAGUUCCAGUUUUACUAAAUGAAGGGAGAACAGUUGGAUCACAACUACUAACCAUCUUCAUGUUCACGGCUUGCUAUUCCAUCCUAGGCAUGGUUGCAGAAUCAUUGAUGUACAGCUUUUUCUACGAGCUUAGUGAAGCUGAAUGGAUUUAUAUUGAUCUGAUAUUGGUCAUGAGUAUUGAUCUCAUGUUGGGUUACAGUGAGAGUCGGGAGACGAUAUCAACUUCAAGACGUUCCAGUCGGUUCUUCAAUUCACUGAGACUAUUCUCAAUGUUCUGUUUCCUGUCAGUUUGUAUUGCAGUUCAAAUAUCGUUCUUACUUUACCUUCUGGAUCAGCCUUGGUAUGUUCAUGUUGAGACAACGUUAAGUGAGUUGACUGAAGGAUCCAUGGAGGCAACUUACAUAUUUCUACUGAUCAUAUUUCAAAUGACUUUUCCAGCGAUUGUUUACACAAUGGAUAGAGAACCAGUAUUCAAGAAUAGAUUUAUGCUGAGCUUGAUUGCAGUUCUGUACACUGUGAACACUUACUUUGACAUUUUCCCUGACAAACUAGUUAUCCAAAUAUUUGAAUUUAACGUCGCUCCAUCGAUGUGGUUCAGGGUACAGGUUAUCUUAAUCUCAUUAGCAAAUUUACUGAUAAACAUUAUUGUAGAAAUUAUUUUUAUAAUUAAUAGACCUAAGAAUUAGCUAACUGAUAAUGCGAGAGAGUACCAAAGUUUGCGACUUUGCUUGCAGGUGCUUAAUAUUUUUUACUAACAUUUUGAUUUAAAUAGAUCUUACUUAUAUAGUAUGCUUUACAAAUCACAGCACUUGUAUAAUAAACCUGUUCACUUUAUAACUGUCACCAGUUAACGAUGGGAAGAGUCUCAGGAAUAAGUAACAAUAUGUUUUCAAGU